AUGUACCCAUUCCACAAUACGCUUACUAUCCCAUCAUUCACGACCAAAACCUUGUGGACCAUCAUCUCCAGCUCUGUUCUCACUCUUUUUGCAUGUAUAUACAGUGCCAUCCACCCUAAUAUCCCGAGUCCGAAGGACAGUGGUUCCUUUCUUAUCAUACGGCGACAACUUGGCAUGAUGAUAAUGACACUCAUAGCUCCUGAAAUGAUUGUUACAUGGGCUAUGCGCCAGUCGUUUAGCGCUCAUCAAGUUACAAGACAGUUCAAAGAAUCAGGGUAUCCCAAUGUUGGUCCGGAGUCUGAAGAUUAUACAUGGACCCAGACGCAUAGCUUCUUUGCGCUGAUGGGUGGUUUCAUGCUUUAUGUGGACGGAGAACCCUACCUUACACUACGUCCUGAAUACAUUCUCAAACUGAUACGUGACGAGUGUAUCGACGUCCCUACCAUAACAGCAAACCAGAUCCAUGACAAGAGCAAAGGCAAUGCGAUAUCAAAAGCAUUGGUCAUGCUUCAGGUGGCCUGGUUUGUUAUGCAGCUCAUCACCCGCGUCGUCUGUCACCUCGAAACCACUCAGCUCGAAGUGGGGACACUCGCUUUUGCGGUCCUCAGUUUCCUAACUUAUGCUAUGUGGUGGGACAAGCCUCUCAAUGUGCGAUGUCCACAUCCAGUGUACUGGAAGUCAACUGUGUCAAGGCCAGAGGAUCACAUCGAGUAUUUUCAGUUACCGAGAUGA